GAGAGGUUACUUAAAAGCAUUUUGACCUAUAUUUCUCAUACAUCUAAUCUCUGUCUCAUACACAUGGGUCGACUUCAAGAAGAGGGAAGCAGUCCAAUUCAUAGUUUUCGGUUAUCGACCGUGAGUGCAUCCCGACCAACAGAGACUGGCAUGACCCACGAACCCACCGGUUUAGACCUCGCCAUGAAGCUCCACUACCUAAAGGUGGUUUAUAUAUACUCGGCCGAGACGGCACGUGACUUGACCGUGAUGCACGUUAAACGGCCCUUGUUCCCACUGUUCGAGCAUAUCCCAUGGACCAUUGGCAGGUUCAGGCGGAACGAUUCUGGACGUCCGUUCAUAAAGUGCAACGACUGUGGCACGCGUUUUGUUGAAAGUCAGUGCGAUCUCACAGUGGAGGAGUGGCUACGUGUACCAGACCGGUCAGUGGAUGAGUCUUUGGUUUAUCACCAACCAGUUGGACCGGAGUUGGCAUACUCUCCUUUGAUAUAUAUUCAGAUGACCCGGUUCAAGUGCGGUGGGUUAGCUUUUGGUCUAAGUUGGGCACAUAUCAUGGGAGAUCCAUUCUCUCUUUCUCACUUUUCCAACUUAUGGUUUCGAACCUUAGCUGGUGAAGAGAUCUACUGCCCCAAACCCACUGACUUACAAAGAGGUUCUCCAAACCCGACUUCCACGGACAAAGAACCGGGUUCCAUCAAACGUGUUGACCCGGUUGGGGACCUCUGGGUCACUCCAAAUAACAGCAAAAUGACAACAUACUCCUUCAAUGUAACCGUCAACAAUAUAAAAUCAUAUUUUCCCGCAAACGAAGAUGAAUUCGAGAUUCUUAGUGGGAUCAUAUGGAAAUGCAUAGCAAAGGCUAGAGAAACAUGUGAGCCGGUUGCCAUCACGAUCAUCAGGUCGGAUCCUAACGGUGUGAAACAUAGAGCAGUGAGAAACACUCAGCUGAUUAGCUCCGUCCACGUAGAUUUUUCUGUGGUCCAUGCAAAUUUGGAGGAUAUCAUAAAAGCGAUCGGAGAAGCAACCGAUGAGACUUUCUUGAUAAAUGAGAUUGUGGAGAGCGGUGGUGGUAUUUUGGACUUGAUUGUAUACGGAGCGAAGUUGACGUUUGUGGAUAUGAGUGAAGUGGAUUUCUACGAGGCGAAGGUAAGGGAGGCGUCUCCGAGAUCUGUGUAUUGCAAUGUUCAGGGGAUAGGAGAUGACGGAGCCGUGGUGGUUUUUCCGGGGGCUGAGGAGGAGGAGAGGUGUGUGACGCUCACGUUGCCGGAGGAUGAGAUGGAGAAGGUUAAAUGGGAACUUAACAAGUGCGGUUUAAUCAAGGCGUUAACGAAGAAUGAACUUAAAGGAAAGUGAUGUUUCAUGUUUGUUUGUUUGUUUGAAUCGUUUUAUUUUCUUUUGUCAUGCUUUUCAAUAUCAAAUAAUGGUACGAAGGCCAGACUGUGUGUAGAAUGAAAUAAGUUGAAAAACUUAUAAUCAUCGUACGGCUCUUAAUGAUGUUUAUUCGAAUGUUUCAUGAAUAAUGCAU